UUUUUUUUCUUCUUUCUCUUUCUUAAUUUCUUAAACUGAAAAAAUAUAGUUGAAGCCAAAUUCUCUCUUAAAACAACCCUUAAUGCAAGAUACCGAGUCGAAUAAGAACGAACGACGACAUAUAUUAAGCACUUUACGAGACUGGAACAUUGGUAUCACGCCUCAUGGAAAGUUGGCUAUGGAACCAUGUUUCGUUCAAAAUUCAGUGCCAUAUAUCGUAUACGAGCAGAACACCAAAACUGAGUCUACAUUUAUCUGUACCAAAUCUGAAUGGACCGCUAAUUUACUUGAGUCUAAUACAUCUAAUCCAUGUGAUACAGACACAAUAAAAUCACUUUCUGUCUGCAAAUCCAUAUUCCAUCCUGACUCUUCGCUCAAUACGACGGCUCUUCACUUGGCGAAAUACAAUGUAAAAGCAUAUAUCAUUGUGGAUAAUAUAGCAAGGCUAACUCAGGAUUUCGUGGAUGAAUUAAGCAAAGCGGAGGAGCAUUGGCCUCAUAGUCCGCAGAAGUCAUGGGACAAAUUGUGUCUAAUUUGGGAUAAGUUCGGUUUUUUGUGGCCUCAGCGAGUGCAAAUUGGAUACAAAGCAAUCAGAAAGCUUAGUAUAAAUGAAGAUACGGAUAUAAAAAAUAUAAAAAGAGAUUUGGAGAAAUUGUCACAGGAUAUAUUACACAAUAACCCAAAGAACUACUCAGUCAUUUGGAGAACAAGCCUCAAACCAAUGCACGAAUUUUUCCCAGCUCAAUAUACUAAAACAAGAGAUUUUAUCAACAACAUUAUUCACAAAUUUUCAAAUCUGGUGUUUCAUGAUAGCCUCUUUCGAUUAAAGAAUAUCAGAUCGGGAGACUACCUCAGUAGGCAAAAAUCCUACCAUUUAGAUUUAUCUGAAGUAGCAACUGUACCAGCGUCAAGCAAUAAGGCAAUAAGUAAUAGCAACAUAUUUUGGAAGUUCAAUACAUCUACAGAGGAGACAUCUCCAUAUAUAUUUACUGGGGAUAGUCAAUUACUAUGUUCAGGCCAAUUUGAUAUCACUGAACCAACCUUCUUAAGCAAAUCAAAACAACAAAACUCCCUUGAUGGAAAUCGUGCCAAUAUCAGUUUGAUUCAAUAUAGGCAACCCAAAAAUCAGUUGACCCCAUCAUAUGACACGGAUAUUGGUUUGAAAUGGGAAAUCGAUAUUUCAGGCACAGCCUACCAUCAGCAUGACGACACUUUUUUUGACUUGGAUAACUCCAUCAAAAAACUUCGAUGUUUAGUUCACGGUGAUACAGUUACUCUGAGUCAGCAGUCAUUGUAUCUUAGAUCGGCCUUGAUGCCUGGUUCUUCAUCGACCUGCAAGCCCAACUCUAUCAAUAGCAAUAAAAGUACCGCAGCCAUAAACACCGUAUUGUCACCAAACAGCAUCCUAAGCUUUAGCGAGCAAUACAAUUUUUCUUCUUGCAAUUUAUCAGAAUCAAAUAGUACACAGCCUACCAGCCCAUCAAACUCAGUAUACGUGGCAGGGUCGUUACCGAAUAGCAAAAAUAGAAGUUAUGAGAUUAAUAGAAGCAUCAGUCAGUCACCUCAAGGCCCACUUGCGUUCAUCGAAAGCAUUCUACAAAUUGAUAACAUACCGAGUGAAUAUAUUUGGAAAAUUGAAAUGGUUUCAAAAACCAUUAUCAAUGAGGAAAAUGAUGAUGUGACAAAAAGCGUCAAAAGUCUUUCUUUAAAAAGUAGCACACCCGAUAAGCCUAAAAUAUACAGUCCUGGGCUUAAUCUUGCCAUAAUGAACUCACCUAUAAGCGUCAUCAGUAAUGAUCAUAAUUACUCAAUCCCAAAUAUAAAUAGCAACAAUUACAAUAUAUCUAGUCUUAUCCCUCAUCACAACUAUGAAGAGAAUGCCAAAAAGGUGUUAUCAGAACAGCAACAAUGGUAUACAAAACCUCAGAAAUCAAAAUGGCUUAACGUGAACCCAAAAUUAUACAAUUUACAAAAAGACUUACCAGAACAAGACAGUAUAUACAGUAGAUAUAGCACACCAUUAGAGUCUAUACGAUCUAUACCGUCACCAAUACAUUCAUUUGCUCCCGAAAUGUCCAAGAAAAAAUUAGGAAAACAGCCACUUCAAGCAACAAAAGCUCAAACAUAUCAUGCAGCGGACGAUAGUAAUAGUUGGAGCUCAUCCGAAUCACAUUCUCCGAUUGACGAAAACACUGACAUAUAUCUGAGAAGAACUUCUUCUCCUGAUUUAACUGAGGCAGAAUCGUUUAAACGAGGAUAUCAGGAAUCUCACAACGAGAAAAAUGCGCAUCAAAUCAUACUACAAAAUUUAUUUUCUGGAUCUCCAAUAUCGAGCACUAGUCAAGUAAGAUAUUAUGAUGACGACGAAGAAGUUUAUCUAUCCUCUCAAGUGCAAAGUUAUACAAUGACACCACGUAGUCGGUUUAGUCAACAGCUGACACCUUCAUCAUCUGCCAACUUAACACCAGAAGAGUACAUGAAACGGAAAAUGAGCAGAGAGAAUUCAUUUAUGCUUCUGAUCGACCGAGAGACAAAGGAACAAUUUUGGCUCAGGGCCAUUAAGCAAUCAUCCCUAAGUCAGUGUAUACAGUUUAUCUCAACUAACACAAAGAAGCUUAGUACGAUUUAUCACAAAUCGACCAAAAAAAGUAACAAUAAUAUAAAUAAUAAUAGUGAUAUAAAACUGUAUCAUAGUGGUAACAGCCCAAGAGUCAUCCAAAAAAAGAAAGGCUUUUAUCAAAAAAAAAGUAGAAAACACAAUGGGAUUGUCAUAUAAUUUUACAUGAUUAAUAAAUAGCAUAGUAUUACUAACCCGUCGUACUGUUAUAGCAGUGAUUUUAA